AUGGCAACCUUGAUAUGCCGAUCAACGUUAUGCUGGAACUUGCUAGUUGGCCAGAGAAAGGUAGUUUGUUCCACAGCUGCAAGUGCAGUGGCUGCUUGUCGCAGUUUUCAGGCUACAAGAAGGGUAUUUGCACAUGAAGAUGCAACUGCAAAGUCAAUUUGCGGAGAGAAAAAGCAAAACCCUGUACUCAAGGCUCCAAAAGGAACACAUGAUGUUCACCCUAAACAGAUGGCUAUUCGUGGGAAGGUAUUCAACAUAGUAGAGAAGUGUUUUAAACGCCAUGGUGCCGAAAGUAUUGACACACCAGUAUUUGAGCUGAAGGAAAUACUGACAGGGAAAUAUGGAGAAGAUGCAAAACUUAUCUAUGACCUAAAAGACCAAGGAGGAGAGCACCUGUCCCUGCGCUAUGAUCUUACUGUGCCUUUUACUCGCUAUCUGGCUAUGAAUAAAAUUAGCCGUAUCAAACGCUACCAGAUUGCUAAAGUUUACAGACGUGACAAUCCAGCCCUGGGGCGCUACAGAGAAUUUUAUCAGUGUGACUUUGACAUUGCUGGACACUAUGACCCUAUGAUCCCUGAUGCCGAGUGUCUGAAGAUUAUGUAUGAGAUCCUCAGUGAGCUGGAACUUGGAGAAUUUCUCAUUAAGGUAAAUGAUCGAAGACUUCUUUCUGGAAUUCUAACUGUUUGCGGCAUCCCAGAAUCCAAGUUCAAAACUGUGUGUGCCUCCAUUGACAAGCUGGACAAGGUUCCUUGGGACAAGGUCAGGAGUGAAAUGAUUGAAGAGAAGGAGAUGAGACCUGAGAUCGUGGACCGGCUGGGUGAAUACAUCAAACUAAACGGUGAUUUGUCCCUGAUACAGCAACUAAGUGAAGAACCUCUGGUGUCUCAGAACAUACUGGCUAUGGAAGCUUUGAAUGACUUCAAAUUGCUGCACCGAUACCUGGAAAUCUUUGGGGUGGCAGACAAGAUUGUUUUUGACAUCAGUUUGGCUCGUGGGUUAGAUUAUUACACCGGAGUAAUAUACGAAGCUGUGCUGCUCAGCGAUAAGACACCACAGAAUCAUCCAAUUGGCAUUGGCAGUGUGGCAGCUGGGGGUCGUUAUGAUGAACUGGUGGGCAUGUUUGAUGCUAAAGGCAGAAAUGUACCAUGCGUGGGAAUCAGCAUUGGCAUAGAGAGGAUCUUUUCCAUAGCAGAGAAAAAAGCAGAGGAGUCAGGUGAGAAAAUCAGAACCACUGAAACCCAAGUACUGGUGGCAACAGCCCAACCAAUGCACUUAGAGGAGAGAAUGAAACUUCUUACUAUGCUGUGGAAUUCAGGAAUUAAAGCAGAAAUGCUGUACAAGAAGAAUCCUAAAUUGCUCACCCAGCUGCACUAUUGUGAGAGUGCAGGGAUUCCCCUGGUGGCCAUUAUUGGGGAUCAGGAAAUAAAAGAUGGUGUGGUCAAGCUAAGAGAUGUAGCAACACGGGCGGAGGUUGAAGUUUCCAAGGAACACCUAGCAGAAGAAAUAAAAAAAAGGACAAGUUAG